GCCAACUUGGGACGAACCGAGACUGAAAAAUUACUUAAUGUCCUAAGAAAAUACCCUACCGCUUUAGGAUACAACAUAUCAGAUCUGAAAGGUAUAAGCCCUUCUCUGUGUAUGCACCGCAUUAUGCUCGAAGACGAUAGUAAAACCUCUAGGGAACAUCAAAGGCGAAUAAAUCCUAUUAUGAGCGAUGUGGUUAAAAAGGAAAUCCAAAAACUGCUAGAAGCUGGAAUAAUAUAUCCUAUAUCUGAUAGUAAAUGGGUUAGCCCUGUUCACGUCGUACCAAAGAAAGGAGGAGUCACUGUAAUCACUAACGCAAAAGGAGAAUCUGUAGCACAACGUACCCAAACUGGAUGGAGGAUGUGCAUUGACUAUAGGAAGCUAAAUAAAGCUACCCGAAAAGACCAUUUCCCUUUACCUUUCAUAGAUCAAAUGCUCGAACGCCUAGCUAAACACUCACAUUUUUGUUAUCUGGAUGGAUACUCCGGAUUUUUCCAAAUUCCUAUCCACCCUGACGACCAAGAGAAGACCACAUUCACCUGUCCUUAUGGUACAUUCGCCUAUAGACGAAUGCCUUUUGGACUCUGCAAUGCACCCGCGACCUUCCAAAGAUGCAUGAUGGCAAUAUUUGCCGACUUCCUAGAUGGAAUAAUGGAGGUCUUUAUGGACGACUUCUCUGUCUGUGGAGGAAGUUUUGAAACAUGUUUAGAAAACCUUGAAAUGGUGCUUAAACGAUGCGUAAGCGUAAACCUAGUCCUUAAUUGGGAAAAAUGCCAUUUCAUGGUUCGACAAGGAAUUGUACUUGGACACAUCGUAUCCGAUAGAGGAAUCGAAGUUGAUAAAGCAAAAAUCGAAAUUAUCGAAAACCUUCAACCUCCCAAAACCGUUAGAGAAAUAAGAAGUUUUCUGGGACAUGCUGGUUUUUACCGACGCUUCAUUAAGGAUUUCUCUAAAAUAACCAAACCCUUAACUGAACUACUCAUGAAAGACGCCGAAUUUGUUUUCACCGAUAAAUGCACUGAAGCAUUUCAAACGCUUAAACAAGCAUUGAUCUCUGCGCCAAUUAUGCAACCUCCCGACUGGAAUGAGCCUUUCGAAAUAAUGUGUGACGCAAGUGAUUAUGCUGUAGGAGCCGUUCUAGGACAAAGAAAGGAUAAGACUUAUGAAAGACUCAUCGCCCAAUUAGAAGCAAAUGAAUUCGAACCAUACCAUCCAAACUCUGAAACCGAGAAAUUAGCUGAAAUAGCUUUAGCCCGAUCUGACGCACCUUGGUAUGCAGAUUUCGUAAAUUACCUAGCUGCUGGUGUGCUUCCUCCUGAUCUAAGCUACCAACAGAAAAAGAAAUUCUUCCAUGACCUAAAACAUUACUAUUGGGACGACCCACUCCUUUUCAAAAGAGGCCCCGAUGGAAUCUUUAGACGUUGUGUACCCGAGGAAGAGAUAAGAAGCAUAAUAACACACUGUCAUUCUGCACCGUGUGGAGGACACCAUAGCACAUCUAGAACCUGCGCCAAAAUCCUUCAAUCUGGACUUUUCUGGCCCAACCUGUGGAAAGACGUCUAUUUUGCUGUACUAAGCUGUGAUAGAUGCCAACGAACUGGAAACAUUUCAAGACGCGAUGAAAUGCCUCAAAAAGGCAUUCUAGAAGUAGAAAUAUUUGACGUCUGGGGAAUAGACUUCAUGGGACCGUUUCCGUCAUCGUUUGGAAAUCAAUAUAUACUCGUAGCCGUCGACUAUGUUUCAAAAUGGAUAGAAGCUAUCGCCUCUCCUACAAACGAUACACGAGUAGUUAUUAAACUUUUCAAAAACGUCAUCUUUCCUAGGUUCGGUGUGCCAAGAUUGGUAAUUAGCGAUGGUGGUUCCCAUUUCAUUUCAAGAAUACUUGAGAAACUCCUUCGAAAAUAUGGAGUAAAUCAUCGAAUAGCCACACCAUAUCAUCCACAAACAAGCGGUCAAGUAGAAGUAUCUAACCGUGAAAUAAAACAAAUAUUAGAGAAAACUGUUGCUAUAUCGAGGAAAGAUUGGUCAACCAAGCUAAAUGAAGCUUUAUGGGCUUAUAGAACAGCUUUCAAAACUCCAAUAGGAACUACCCCAUUCAAACUCGUUUAUGGAAAAUCAUGCCACCUACCAGUAGAGCUAGAACAUAAAGCCUAUUGGGCCAUUAAGAACUUAAACCUAAACUACACUGCCGCUGGUGAGAAACGACUUCUAGACAUAAACGAAUUAGAAGAACUUAGACAAGACGCUUACGAAAACGCCAAAAUCUAUAAAGAGCGAACGAAAAAAUGGCACGACAAGCGUAUAUCUAGGAAAAAUUUUAGCAUAGGCGAUAAAGUGCUCUUAUUUAAUUCUAGGCUAAAAUUAUUUCCUGGUAAGUUACGAUCUAGAUGGUCUGGCCCUUUCGAAGUAACUAACAUAUUUCCGAGUGGAGCGAUAGAAAUCAAAGGCGAAACCGUCAAACCUUUUGUCGUAACUAGUAGACUUGGAUUUGGCAUUGUUAUAUUAAGGUCUGACAAUAGAAGUAGUAGACGAAAAGCUUUUUUCGUGUUAAAUUGCGAGAGGGGUGGGAAGUAUGUACCAACUACCCGGGUGUUAAAGCACGAUGACACGGGAUCGAGAAAGUGUGUGUGUCCGUUUAAGUUGUGCGUGACUCGUAGGAUUGAAGAUUUGUGGCGUUUUAGCGUCAUUUGUGGAGUUCAUAAUCAUGCCUUGGAAAGCAAGUUACACGGACUUCCAAUUGCUUGUCGGUUGUCCCGCAAAGAGAAGGUAGUUAUUUUCGAAUUAUCGACAAUCAAAGUGGCGCCGAGAAACAUACUUUCCGAUUUUAAGCGAAAAAAACCGGAUAGUGUUUCAAAUAUCAAGCAAGUAUACAAUGAACGACACAAUAUUAAAGUCAUGAAAAUGGGCCCGAGGUCGGAAAUGCAACAUCUUUUGAAACUUUUGGGCGAUAACCAAUAG